AAGCUGAAGUUACUAGGGCGGUUCAAUUUCCAUGAAAGUUUAUUAAACUGAAAUCACUAAUUAAGUUUACGAGAAAGCUAAAUUUUAUAUUUAAGCAAGGGGUUAUCAGUUGCUUGAGAAUUUCUUCCAAGUUCAUGAUAACUGAUCCGUAUUCUUGCAGCAAGGAAAUGGGUCGACAACAAGGUAACCUUAUCUUGCUACUGAUGAGCCUAUCAAGCAUGCUGGUCUGCGGAUUAGGCAGUCACGUGGUACAAGACGAAACUGAGUACGUCAUUAUGUUUGAUGCAGGCUCUACCAAAACAAAGCUUGAGAUCUACAAGAUUGACGUCGCCUCGCCCCCGUUAGAAGUAACAGACGUGCACGAACUUGAUCCUUCAACCAGCAAAGCAAAACCAGGUAUCGCCGACCUGGACCCAUCGGAAAUUGAGGCAUAUCUACGACCCUUACUGGAUUCAGCGAUGAAGACAAUACCAGCGGAAAAACACCCCAGCACGCAUCUAUUCUUCCUCGCCACUGGAGGAAUGAGACUGCUGGAUGAAGAUAAAUCUAAGGCGAUUAUGGAGCAAGUAAAAGGAGUCUUGAACGAUAAAGCUAAAUGUCCAUUUAUGUUUGACUCCGAAGACGCCAGAGUGAUCUCGGGGGCACUUGAAGGGAUCUAUGCCUGGAUGUCUGUUAAUUUUUUGGAGGGGAAUUUUAUCCCAGGGAAAUCCCACCAUACCUACGGGAUAUUGGAUUUGGGCGGGGCUUCCCAUCAAAAUGCUGUCCAGUUUUGGCGAAAGAGGGAUGAUUUGUAUUCAAUCAAUGUGGGAGGUAAAAAAUUUAAUCUUUUUGCCAGAAGUUAUUUAGGGUAUGGGUUGAAUGAAGCUCGCAAAACAUACCUUGAACGACUGCCAAAGAAACCUUUCAAAAAUGGUGUUAUCAAAAGUCCGUGUCACCAUAAAGGUUUCAACGAAACAACUGAUAUCAGUGGUGAAUUAUUCACCGUCGUAGGAAUUGCAAAUGUUCCCGCCUGUCGAAGGAUUAUUGAGAAAACGUUUUUCUGCAAAAAGAGUGAUUGCCCAUUUCAUGAUCAGCCCAAAUUACGCGGGAAUUAUUUUGGUUUUGCUGGUAUAUAUUACGCUGCCACGACCAUCGGGAUAUUGUGUUCCGAUUGCACCAAACCCCUCUCACCAGCCAUGUUUGAUAAGGGAUCGCGAGAUUUUUGCGCUAAAACACUAGAGAGCAUCAACAGCAACCCGUACGCCAAAGAUCAUUGCUUCGGAGGCAAUUUCGUUUUUGAGCUUCUCACCCACGGUUACGGCUUGUCUGCUCACAAAACUAUCAUGGUUGGCAACACAUUGGAAGGGUUUAGUUUGGGCUGGACCCUUGGCGCUGCUCUGUUCAAUUCAGAAUUGUUGUGAAAAAAAAUACAAAGGUAGAAUUCCUUAUAUAAUCAGCCAAUCAAUGACAUGCAUUAGUUUAUUCGGGGA